CGGGGCGGGGGCGGCGCAGCGCGGGGCCCCGCGGUUUCCUCUCGGCGUGGCCGCGACCGCCCGGCGGCAACCGGCCCCGCCACCAUGUUCAGGCGGAUCCUGCAGCGGACUCCGGGCAGAGUUGGGUCUCAGAGCUCUGAUUCCGAUUCAUCUGCUGCUCCAGGAAAUGCCGUGGACGUGAACAAUGAAGGCUCCUCCGAGGGCUUCAUCUGUCCACUCUGUAUGAAAGUGUGUGUAACUCCUACUGAUCUGUCUGAACAUUACCAGAAUGAACACAUGGGGACAGAAGGAAGACAGGAGCUUCGUGACCUUCCAGCUGUUACUGGAUUUAUCUGUCCUCUGUGUAUGAAGUCUCAUGGAUCAGCUGAGGAGCUGUUCAAGCACUAUGAAGCAGUUCAUAAUUCUGGCAUCGAUUCAACUCGUGGAGGGGAAGGUCAUCUGUCACCGGAAAGAGAUGAAGUAUCACUGCUCCGACAAGAAGUACAAGACUUGCAAGCUUCACUGAAGGAGGAGAGAUGGUAUUCAGAACAGCUGAAGAAAGAACUAGAGAAAUUGCAGGGGCAGCGGCAGCAAGAUUCUAAGUCUGAUGGAUUGACAACAUCUACAUCUACAGAAUCAUUAGAACGACAACUAGAAGAGAUCCAAGUAGAAAAUUUUAAUAUUAAGCAAAUGAAAGACUUAUUUGAGCAAAAAGCAGCACAACUGGCCACUGAAAUUGUGGAUCUUAAAGCAAAGUAUGAUGAAGAAAUCAGCCUUCGGGAAGGUGCAGAACAGAAAAUGACAAACCUAACGCAGGAACUAUUGAAGGAGAGAAGUACCAUAGAAGACCUAAAGACAGAGCUGCUACAAAGGCCAGGUGUGGAAGAUGUGGCUGUUCUCAAAAAGGAGCUGGUCCAAGUUCAGACGCUGAUGGACAAAAUGACUUUGGAACGUGAGAGAGAAUCUGAAAAGCUGAAAGAUGAGUGCAAGCACUUGCAGGCAGAGCAGGCAAACUCAGAGGCUACCAUUAAUCAGUUAAGAGCUGAACUUGCCAAAGGACCUCAGGAGGUAGCUGUGUAUGUUCAGGAGCUGCAAAAACUUCAAAGUUCAGUCAAGGAGCUAGAACAGAAAAACCAGAAUCUGACUGAGAAGCUGCUGAAGAAGGAGCAGGAGUACAGCCAGCUAGAAGAAAAACACAAUGAGAUAUCUGUGAGUAAAAAGAAUGUUCAGGCAAGCUUUCACCAGAAGGACCUGGACUGCCAACAGCUUCAGGCAAAGCUGUCUGCAUCAGAAGCCUCGAUACAGAGAUUACAGACAGAGCUAGGUGAGAAGGGAGAAGCAAGCCAGAAGCUUAAAGAAGAAUUGUCCGAAGUAGAGACAAAGUACCAGCAUCUUAAGGCAGAAUGUAAACAGCUCCAGCAGCAAAGAGAGGAAAAAGAACAGCAUGGCUUGCAGCUCCAGAGUGAGCUCAGUCAGCUGCAUAGUAAACUUCUAGAAACAGAGCGCCAGCUAGGGGAAGCACAUGGGCGGCUUAAGGAACAGAGGCAGCUCUCUAGUGAAAAGCUGAUGGACAAAGAGCAGCAGGUGGCUGAUCUGCAACUGAAGCUUUCUCGUGCUGAAGAACAGCUAAAGGAAAAAGUGGCAAAUUCCACAGAAUUGCAACAUCAAUUAGAUAAGGCAAAACAACAGCACCAAGAACAGCAGACACUUCAACAAAACACAACAUCAAAACUACGAGAAGCCCAGAAUGAUUUGGAACAAGUACUACGGCAAAUUGGAGAUAAGGACCAAAAAAUUCAAAAUCUUGAGGCCUUGCUUCAAAAGAGUAAGGAAAAUAUCUCUCUGCUCGAAAAGGAAAGAGAGGAUUUGUAUGCGAAAAUUCAAGCUGGUGAGGGAGAAACUGCAGUUCUUAACCAGCUACAAGAGAAAAAUCAUGCACUGCAAAUACAGGUAACUCAGCUGACAGAGAAGCUGAAGAAUCAAUCAGAAAGUCAUAAACAGGCCCAAGAGAAUUUGCAUGAGCAAGUGCAGGAGCAGAAGGCACAUCUAAGAGCUGCUCAGGACCGUGUGCUCUCUCUGGAAGCCAAUAUCACUGAGUUGACCAGCCAACUAAAUGAAAGUAAAGAGAAAGUAUCACAACUUGAUGUACAGGUAAAAGCAAAAACUGAAUUGCUGCUUUCAGCAGAAGCAUCAAAAGCUGCUCAAAGAGCAGACCUUCAGAAUCAUCUGGACACCGCCCAGCACGCACUGCAAGACAAACAACAGGAGUUAAAUAAGGUCAGCAUUCAGUUGGAUCAGGUUACAGCUAAGCUGAAUGACAAGCAGGAAUACUGUUCUCAGCUGGAAGCCAAUCUCAAAGACUACAAAGAGCAACAUCUUUAUUUAGAACAGAAAACCGAAGAGCUAGAGGGGCAGCUUAAGAAACUUGAGGCUGACAUUCUUGAUGCUAAAGCAGGCAAAGAACAAGCUCUUCAGGAGUUACAGCAGCAGCGACAGCAAUCUACAGAAUUAGACCUCCGAGUAGCAGAACUGAGUAAACAACUUGAAGCGGAAAGAGAAGCUAUGUCUAGUGCUAAAUUGGAUUUACAGAAGAAAUCUGAGGCUCUUGAACAAGCAAAUCAGCAAAUUUCAAAGCGAGAGGAGGAAAACGCCAGCCUCAAACAAAAUUUUGAGAAAUCAAGUCAGGAUACAAGUAAACAACUCAAGGAAUUAGACUGUAAAAUGCAAGCAGCAACAUCAGAGCUGCAACAGGUGAAAUUAGAGAGGGAUACUCUAUUAAAGGACCUUACAGCUACCAAAGAGAAGCUCACAAAAAGUUCUGAAUCCUUCAAAAAAAAGAAGGAAGAAUUAGAGAAAGAAAUAGAAAAAGGGAAAGCAGCUGCAGCAGAAAUGGAAAAAUCUUACCAAGAAGUAAAACAGCAGCUCCAGGUACAGACAGAGUCUGUAGCUAAAGAGAGGAAUGAAUUGAAAAACUCACUGGAAAAAAAGGAGGGGAUUUCUAAGCAGUUGUCAGUAGAACUUGAUUCAACACGAGCGCAAGUACUGGAAAUUCAGGGUCUUCUGAAAGAGAAAGAAAACAGUGAACAGCAUCUUCAGGGAAAGCUGAGAGAGAUAAAGGAAUCUUUUGAGCAGAAGAAAAAACAUAGCGAAACACUGCAAGCUGAAUUAAAAACUGCCCUUUUAGAAAAGGCAGAACUGGAGAAUAAACUGCAACAGCAGGCUAUUUUGUCAGCUCAGGAGCUUAAAGCAGAGAAAGGAAAGCUAGCAGACUUACAGAAGACCCAUGAAAAAAAUAAGGAAAACAUGGAAAAGCUGCAGCUGGACCUUUAUGGGAAAGAGUCUGAGCUGCUGGCAACCAGGCAAGACCUUAAGUCCACAGAAGAAAAACUGGCUCUUGCUCAAGAAGAGGUAGUUUCCAGCAGAAAUCGAAUUGCAAGCAAUAAUCAGCAGAUUCAGGAACUGAAGAAAGCAAAGUCUGUGCUGGAACAGGAUGCAUCAAAGAAGGAGCAGCAGCUGGGUGAGAAGACCAAAAUGUUACAGGAUCUUCAGAAUGAGAGGAUUUUGAAAGAAAAAGACUUGGCUAAUGAAAAAUGUAAAACAACAGAGCUCCAGGAAAUAAGAAAUAGACUUGAAAAAGAAAGCGCCAAGCUGAGCGAAGAGCUUAGAAUCUGCAAGCAAGAAUUUGAGAAGGAGGUGGCAAAUCUCAAGGAUGCAAAACAACUACUGAUUCAACAGAAAUUAGAGCUUCAGGGCAAGAUGGAUAAUAUGAAUUCAACUCUGGAACAGGAGAAGAAAAACCAACAAGCUGUCAAAGAUCAGCUGAAAAAGAGAGAAGAGGAACUGAAGAAAGAAUGUGCUGAAAUUGAAGCCAAACUGCACUCAGAGGUGAAAGAGAAAGAAGAAGAAAAUCGGAAACAUGAGGAGAAGGAGACCAAGCUCACCAUGCAGGUCACAGCUCUGAAUGAAAACCUGGCUACCAUGAAGAAAGAGUGGCAAAGCAGUCAGAGACGAGUUAGCGAACUGGAGAAACAGACAGACGAUUUACGUGGGGACAUUGCUGUCUUGGAAGCAACCGUGCAGAAUAAUCAGGAUGAGAGAAGAGCAUUGCUGGAGAGGUGUAUAAAAAGUGAGGGAGAAAUUGAAAAGCUUCAAUCCAAACUUGUAGAAAUGAAGAAAAAGCUGGACAACACUACUGCUGCAAUGCAGGAGCUAGGCCGAGAAAACCAGUCGUUACAGAUCAAACACACCCAAGCUCUCAACAGGAAAUGGGCAGAAGACAAUGAGGUACAGAAUUGUAUGGCCUGUGGAAAAGGCUUUUCAGUGACAGUGAGAAGGCAUCACUGUAGACAGUGUGGAAAUAUCUUUUGUGCUGAGUGCUCAGCAAAGAAUGCCUUAACUCCUUCUUCUAAGAAGCCUGUCCGGGUCUGUGAUACUUGCUUUAAUGACUUGCAAGGAUAACUGGUGUGAGUGACAAAGAAAUGUUACACUAAAAUUUAUUAUUUCUGUUGAUGCACUUCAUUCAGCACUCAGACUACUACUCAGUUUGGACAAUGAUUGUAACACUUGGCAAAAUUUAGUAUAUUUUAAAAUGUUUAUUGAUACCAAGUAAAACUAUUGUAUUUUUUGUGAGAUAUGGGCUCAGAUCACCCAUGCUUAUUGCCGUCUGUCCUGGAAAGAGCUUCUAUGUCUAGAUUAGAAAUACCCAGUUAUUUGUAAAUAAAGUUUAAACAGAGGAAGUAACAAUGUAUUUUUUUAUCUUUAUUUUUUUUUUCAAGAGGAAAAUGCAUUUAUGUGAUAUUGCAGUUUAUGCUUGUUUCCUUCAAUGGAAAAGGAAGAUGCAAAAACUUGUGAGGAUUUUGUGUAUCAAAUGUUGCUGUAAUAGCAUAACUCAUUGUUGAAUUUGAUUGCGUAUCUGAUGUUCUUUAUAACCCCUUGUGGUUUUGUUUUCUUCCUCUCUCUUUGGUUUUUGGACUUUCCUCUUUAAAGUCCAAAUGCCACAAUGAGGGUUAAAUGGCUGGACUCAACUCUCAGUUUUAUUUGCCCACUUAGAACUUGUGGUAUCAGCACCUGAGUUCUUACCCAACUACAGGACUUGGAUACUGGAAUAUCUUUAUGCAUACUGUACUGCAUAGUUUGUGUGUGUGUGUGUAUGUGUGAACAAAUGAUGAGACCAAGUUUAGUGGGCAUUGUAGGAACAUUACACGAAGCUCUCCCACAUGGACUGAUUUCACUUUUACAUAUUUGAUGAAUUGAUUUUAAUAUUCCAGAAACUCUUUAUAUGCGGGUUUUAAAAAACAGUGCGGAUAGUAGCCUGUAGCCCAUUUGUCACCAUGCCCAUACUCUGGAAGCUCCAAGAAGUCCUUGUGGUUCUGAGGCAUGUCCUGAAAUUCCACACCAGGAAUCCUACUAAGAAAAACUCUCUUCAGAGGGUGUUGCAGUUAAGCUGAACUUCUCCUCUCUCUUCCUUCAGCUUUUGGUGGAAGAAGCUGAACGCCUGGUACUCCUAACAAACCUCACUUUUCCAUUGUUCCAUCUGUCCCCUGUUGCUGAGGGUUCUUAUAUUGUAUGCUAGUUCUGUGAUUUAGUCUGCUUAGAAUGGUGACUCUCAUGGUGCUGGCUUAGCUGUAAGCCAAACAGCUCUAAACGAACAGGUCAGUAUAUACAGUUUUAGAUCACAGAUUCAUUGAAUUGCUUGGGUUGAAAGGGGCCUUUGAAGAUCAACUACUCCAACCCCCCUGCAAUGGACACUAAAUCACAUUGCUCAAAGUCCCAUCUGACCUGACUUUGAACACUUCCCCUGAUGGGGCAGCCGCAGCUUCUCUGGGCAGUCUCUUCCAGUGUCUUACCACCCUGUAUUUGUUCAGAUUUUACUUUUCUGUACUUGCAACAGAAGUUUCCUGUUGCGUUCGUGUAAAUUCCAAAUCUUUUUGUUGUGUUUUUAUUUACACUUGUGUUUUUUUUCCUGCCUGUGUCUAACUUUCUCUCUCUUUUAAAUAAGUAUCUGGUGUUUGGCCUCAAAACUGUUAAUAUUAUUUCUUCUGAGCUAAAGUUAUCUCUUCUGAUACUUAGGGCCUCUUUGUCUUAAAUACUAUAAUAAAUUCUUUACAACCCAAGCCAUUCUCUGUCUUACAAAGUUGUGCUGGCUGUUCAGAGAUGAGAAAUAUGUCCUGAGUUCCUCUAUUCCUUGCCUACCAAAGUAAGGAAACAAAUUCUGUUACAUUGAUGGGCAGUUAGCCAUCUUUAGUUUGUUUACUUUUAUGUACUGACAGCUCUAUAUGUGAAUGAAGAGGAGACCCUGGUGAAAAAUGUUUUGUCCUGACUCUCAAAUGAAAAGAAUUCUUAAUCCCUCUUCCCUGGUAGUGAUCUGUGUUUCAUACCCUAACUGCCUAGUUCUAAAUUUGCAUCCUCAAGGAUUCUUCCUCAAUGAGUUCUCUUAAAAUUGAAUUAUUACUGAGAGUUGCUUGCUUGAAGGAAACGGUUGCUGUAGCGACUCCAUGUGAAAGGAUCCUCUGGACUUGCUGCAUCUCCUUGUUGUUGCAACUACUCAAAAUAAGAAUUCUUUGAAUAGAAAGUAAGAGCAGAACUCUGCCUCUGGGAAUUUCUUCUGUUUAUUUAUUAACCGAGGGAAUCCAGAAGGUUUGCUUUCAAGCCUUUCUUUGUCUGACAAGUGACUUCAGAAAUCUGGCAAAGGUAGAGAUAUUGGAGUCUUGCUCCAGCCUAGGUCUGGUUGUGAAACACAUGGAGCCUGGUGCUGCUUUCAGGGCAAAGGACAACCACACUGAGCAGAAGGGAUUUUAAGAGUGAAGGGGGAAGCCUCCCACAGCUAUGAGAAGGACAAAAUGUAUGUGGUAGAUGAAGGUGGAAAUCUCUCAGGGGAGGUGGGAGAUGGUUAAAAGACUCACUUGUGUUCAGUUGUUUUACUUUUGAAUGGGGAUGUUUAAAACCUGAGGAGAUGGCUCUUCAGUAGGGAGGAAAUGGUAGAAGUUCUGAUAGAGUUGUUCUUGAUUUAACCUUUUGUGAUGCUUUUGUGUUAAAGAUGAGCAAAGUCACCUCACUCAGCUGGCUGCUGAAGCAGUGUGUUUGGUUGACCAGAGGAUAACUCUUGAUGCGGAGCUCCCCAUCUUCAGGGUGAAACCAGCUCUGUUUCUGAAGGUUGGUUUUUGAUGUCCAGUACGUAUGACUUGACUUUUUGAGGGAACAGAAAUGUUUUUCAAAUACAUAUUUGCAGAAAAAAGAAUUGUUAAAAUUGGGAGGAACAGCACUGGGGGUAGAAUCUUUCAUGCUUGAGGAUUGAGUCUGCAGCAAAGUUGGGAGUUCUACAGCUUUUCACUGGAGUAUAUUAGUGACUUCAUUGCUAAAUCUUACGCUCCUACACUUUUGCUUAUGAUUCUUAGUGCAGGUCUAUAAUCACUGACGAAUCGAUGGACCAUAUAAUGCUAUCAGCCUGGCUUUCAGGUUGGAACCUGUGCUCAAGCUCAGGAAAAUGACCUAUGAGGGUUAUUGUUGUUAUUAUAAGGAAAACUGGAAGUUGAAAAGCUCUGUAUUUGUAAAUCUGCUCACAGAUUCUGUUACUUUGGUGAGCAUGUUUUCAGUAGGAAUAUACUUUUUUUUUGUUAUUGUUGUUGCACUGCUUUAAAAUAGAAAUAAUAGGAAAAACUUAGAAAAAAGACUGGUAGGUUUCACCACACAGAGUUAAAGGACUCUGGAUGAGGUAAUUGAGUGCACUGAUUUUUCAGUCUAUAAAAACAGAGAAUAAAAUGGCAGAAGAAACUAGAACAUGGGAACCAGAGGACAUGGAGUGAUUUGUUUUAGCCUUUAGCAAGAACCACAUUGCUCUGAUUUCACUGAGGAGAGGCCAUUAUAGAGCAAGAUGUAGAGGGAAGAAAUGGUAAAACCUAUGCUUGCAGAAGUAGGUAUGUGGCAUCCUCAAGCUGCCUUUGGUUACCCGCCAUUACUAUGGCAUCAGGAAUGCAACGGUGAACUGUGGGAUUUUUUCCUGAAACUGUGGAUGAAGUGUCCUCAGAGAGGACAUUCAGAAUCUUUGGUGGGAGCAGAAUGUGAAACACCAGCUGCUGCAUGGGCUGAGAUGAUCUAUGGAAGUAUUUGGAAGUAAAGGGUGGUGGUGUUAAGGAUGGGGAGAGGUUCUUUUAACUUUCUGGAGAUGCCACAUCUCUUCCUACGUGAUCCCUUGGUUUGUUGUCUCCAAAAUACCAAAUUCUACUGUUUUGCCUCAUGUCAGCAGUACAUACUUCAUAUUUCCACACUGCAGUCCCUGUGGAGGCAGGUUGCGUUGCAGGGCUCAGUGGCAGGCUUUUGAUCUUAGCUGGUUAUGCUUAACUGUUGUUUCUUCUCCCCAUGAAUUCCUUCCCUCCAGUGACCUUCCCCUUUCUACAGUGAUUUAACAAAGACAAUAAAACUGAGUCACAGUAGGAAAACUUGCUGUCUGCAGAUGAGGAGGUAAAGGGAAAUUUCUGCUGCUGCUUCUAGCAAUGCUUUAACUUAAAGUGCAGUUUUUUUCCUCUGUUUUUGGAAGGUGUCAAGUAACCGAGUUGUUGUGGAGUGUGGGGCAUUAGCCUCACAAGAGCAAUGAAUAUUUUUGUUAGUUUUGGAGCCACCAAGAUUAUGUGUGAAUCCUCACUAGAGAGCUUUUCUUAGUAGAGGAAGAGGAUAUUUGGAAGCACAAAGUAGCCUUGCUGUGUUUGUAUAACAUCAGCAAGAAUAAUUGAAUCUCAUAUACUAGAGGUAAGAAAAGUGACAUUCCUGAAGAGGGGACCUGGAAAACUCAAGUAUUAUUCUAGAUUGUUAAAUGCCAGUUGAAUGGAAAGCUGUAACAAAUGCUUUUUGCUAAAAUUAAAAAUUUAUGACCAGUACUCAGUGGCAGACAGAAAACUGCUGGAGCUGAAGUUCAAACAGAGCAUAAACUAUGCCAGGAAGAAUGACACAAUAGUUUAAGUAUGUUAAAACUGAUAAAUUACUCCUCCUCCAGGGUACCACCCUUCCACUCAUAUUCUCGUGGGACUAGGAAAUAACACUGUCAUUUGCACUAUGCACUUUUUGCUGUCUAACUGAAUAUAAUCUGGAGUAAGUGGAAUGGCAUUGUUGGCAUUGCAUGUGUUAGCUGUAAUCAGUGGACAGAAAGUUUAUCUUCAGCUGGACUUUUCACUGUAUUACAUUUGGCCCCUUGCUAUGUAAGGAGAAUUGCACUUAUAAUUACUGCGUAUCAAAAGCAAGAUCAUCUGAGAGCACAUGUAACAAGAAAAUUCAUGUAGUCACACACACAUUGUCUUUGUAGAGCUUCAUUUUAAGAUUAUAAAAUGAGAAUAUGUGAAUUUUAUAUAUUUUCAAGGUUUUUGCCAGUUGUUCAGUUCUUCAUUUAUGAAGUAUUGACCUCACUUCUAGGAUAAGUCUAAAAGUAUUGUCCAACCACAUCCUCUCUCCAAAAGCACUAAAUGGUUUACUUUUCAAAGCCAGCAAUAAUUGGACAGUAAAGUCCCUCCACAGAAACUCAGUUUCACUUUCUAAUUUUUAUUUUUUAAGGGACGCUGAACUAAGAGCUUUUAAUCUUUAGAGAGAGCAUUAGAUGCUACUUACGAUCACAAUAACAGAGAAAAUAGGUACUAGUUAGGGUCAUUAACUCUGCCUUUUGCCUGUAGCAUGCCACAUACUAUGCACUCACCGUGCAGCAGAUACAGGAAUAUCAGGUCAAUUGAAGAUUACUGAAGCCCCACUAACACUUUUGGAUCAGUGUUACUAUGAAAGCAGAAGCCUGGUAGUUAUGCUUUCCAACUUUGCCUCCCCCUGUGACUUAAACUAAAAAAAAAAAUAAAAAAAAAAUCUGCAUUUCCUGCCUUUUUUGGGUGAAGAGAGCUGGGAGCAGGGCUUAUUGUUAAAUGUCGACAGGCCCGCACUGGCAGGCCCAGGCUCCUGCUGUUGGGUUUAUGGCAAAGUGCUCUGUUGUAUCACGCUGAGUCUUGAUUCCUGGCACAAGAGGGGUGUUUGGGAGAAUGUCUUGCUGAGUUAGCAAAUACCAGAACUUUUUAUAUUUAUGUGUCCAAAAUGCUGCUUGUAUAGGAUUUGUCACUUUUGUAAGAAAAGAAGAAAAAAAUCACAAAAAAAAGUCAUAAAACCCCACCGUUUGAUACCAUUACGUAAGAUUUCAUUUGAACUACCUCUCAGCAUAUGAUUCAAACAUUAGGUAAGUUUUAAUAGCGUUUGCUCGCUGUCACAUUAUCUAAAAUUUAUAGUGAAUGCCAAAAUCGCAAAAGUUUAUCACCAAAAAAUAAUUAAAAAAAAAUAUUAAGUCUUUCUUUUUAUGUGUUUGGAAGCAUCCAAUAGUUUCAAGUUCCAGUAAACUCUAUUGUAUUCUUUUAACCUCCGUAGUUUUAGUCUUGCAAACUCUUGCUGCUGGACAGGAGACAAAUCAUAACCACAAGCUUUCAUAAUCACGGUCUGCUGAGUAAAAACAGUUUGGUGUGCAGCAUUGUUGUUUGGCUAUGGAUAGCCUCAUUCACCAAAUGUACCAUUAAUUGAGCAUUUUUUUCUUCAGUACUCGCGAUGUGAACUUGAUGAAUGGUUUCUGCAAUGGAUGCGUGCCACAAACAGCAUUGUCUUGUUUGCCUCUUUCCUGAGUUUUAAUGAUCAGUUUAUUAUUGCGGAUGUGAAUAUCGCACAUACAACUUAUUUUCUGUAUAAUUGUAUAAAAUAUAAAUGGAAAAAGUUUUAAGUUCUUACCCGGUAUUUAGAGGUAAUGUAUUAUAACAGCCUUAUGAUACAGUUUUACUUACAGAGUACUGCACUUCUUUUAAACUGGAUCAUACCAUCUUGGUAGGUGUAGAUCAACUUUGCAUGAGUGUGUUUGGGUUUUGUUUCUUUUUCAUUGAAGUUUGAUUCUUAAGUUCUGUUUCAGUGUUUGUGUUUACUACUUGUGAUCAUGUAGUUGUGCCUUACAUUGUGAAAGAAUUUAGUCCAGCGUGCACUGUAAUUCCUAAACUUUGAAAGUGUUGAAAGUUUGAAAGGUGGCUGUGGAUUUGGAUGAGAAAAUGACACCAUGCAUCAACCGGUUCUGUAUAAACUACGAUGAAAUGUUAUUGAAAUGUAAUUUUUGUUUUCUAACCUGUUAUAGGAUUGAUGAAUGACAAUAAAAGAAAAAAUUAGA